AAAGUCCAGAUGGACAGCAACCUUCAGCUGAUCACUUCUCCGUCUACCGAAGCGAUCCCAGGGUUGAAACAUGAACGCCUUUGUGACCCUCUCAACGGGGCAGAGGAUGCCUAUGGUCGGACUCGGCACAUGGAAGAGCGCUCCAGGACAGGUGAAGCAGGCAGUGCUGGCAGCUUUGGACUGUGGGUACAAACACAUUGACUGUGCUGCUGCAUACAGCAAUGAACAGGAGGUGGGAGAGGCUCUGUCUGCCAGGGUCGGCCCUGGGAAGGCUCUGUGUCGUGACGAGGUGUUCAUAACAUCCAAACUGUGGAACACCAAACAUGACCCGGUGGAUGUUGAGGAAGCCUGCAGGACCAGUCUGGCCCACCUGGGUCUGUCCUAUUUGGACCUGUACCUCAUGCACUGGCCCAUGGCAUUUCAGCGCGGGAAGGAGCCGAUGCCUCGACGAGAAGAUGGAAGCAUUUGUUACUCUGACACCCACUACAGAGAUACUUGGGCAGCCAUGGAGAGCCUAGUGGACAAAGGUCUAGUCAAAGCUAUAGGACUGUCCAACUUCAACGCCAGGCAGACUGAUGACAUCAUCAGCAUGGCCAGACACAAACCUGUGGUGAACCAGGUGGAAUGCCAUCCGUAUUUGACUCAAGCAGAUCUCCUGUCUCACUGUCGGUCAGUAGCAGUUUGUGUGACAGCCUACAGUCCUCUGGGCAGCGGGGACAGACCGUGGGCCUCUCCUGAUGAACCAAGUCUGCUGCAGGAUCCUAGACUGGCUGCUAUCGCAAAGAGAUAUCAGAAAACACCUGCUCAGCUCAUACUCAGGUGGAAUGUUCAGAGGGGUGUUGUGUGUAUCCCCAAAAGUGUGACGCCCUCCAGGAUCCAGGAGAACUUGCAGGUGUUUGACUUUUCUCUGUCAGAAGACGACAUGAAGCUCAUCGAAUCCUUCAAACGCAACGAGCGCUUCAUCGUUCCAACUGUCGAGAGGGAUGGAAAGAGAGUGUGGAGGGAUGCGGAGCACCCACAUUUUCCCUUCAAUGAUCCUUACUGAGUCUACAAUCAAUGAAUGCAAUAUUUGUUUUUCUGAAGAUAAUUGUCACACACACUGAAGAAACCAAAUAUCUAAACCGAAUUAAAAUAUGCUCAAAAUGCAUUUUCCUUUUUUUGUGUUGAAUUGAUUUAAUAAUAUUAAAAAGAGACCAAUUUGUAGAAGAAAGAGCUUCAAACAAGUUUUUCAAGUAACUUGUCUAAUGAGAUUGCAGUGAAGAAAAAUUACUUUUCAGACACAAAAACUACAUGGUCAGUAACAGAACUGCCUCUUGGCCAAAAUAGCUUUAAUCACCUGCAUGUUUCACAGAUGAAAGAUGAAAAGAUGAAAAUCAUCACUGAACUCGAUUAAACUUUCAUAAAGUUGCACAACAGAUAAAUUAAUUUAAAUCAUGACUUUUCAUUGUCUGGUAGUAUAAAGGGUAAAACUAUUGUGAAAUGCCACUCAUCUGUCUCUAUUGUAAAACUACCAAAUAAAUAUCUUUAAAUCAGACAGAAUGUACAUGAACUCUGCAUCUAAAAGAAACUUCAAACUGACACUGAUAACACUUCCAUUUUGUGAGAUUUUAUUUUCAACAACAUAACCUUGACAAAUUUGUAAUACAUUAUAUGCUACUGUUUAUUUAAAAAAAAAAAAAAGAGGAAGUCAUAA